AUGUCUGACAACGACGUCAAGAAAGUCGACGUCGCUAUGACAGUCGAGGAUGAAAAACCCGUUGCGGCAAGGGAACGCGUGUACGGUCUCGAGGCUCGCGUUGACCCAACCGUUACCUUCGAAGAAUAUCGCUACUGGGCCAAGCUUCAGCGUGCCCAAGAGCACGAGGAGAACCGCCAGUUCGUUGAAGAACGUGGCCCCAGAACUUUUGCCUCAAUCAUCAAGAGUCGAUUCUCCCACGGAAUCCACCACGAGAAAAAGAAAAAGGAGCAAAAGGCACAGGAAGAAGCAGCUCAACAGGGAGCAUUGCAAGUCAACCGGGCCAGCAGCAGCGAACAGGAACAGAACCCGAAUCCGCCCACAUACGACACCUCGUCGGCUGUGACAGAAGAAGAAUGGAAAACAGCUAGCAGGGCGCUAAAGACUGCCAGCUGGGGUAGUGUUUUCUAUUUGAUCACCACUGAUAUUUUGGGUUGGGAAACCACUGCGUUUGUGUUUUCGAGUGUCGGCUUCGGUCCUGGAGCGGCACUUUAUGUCAUUUUUGGUCUCUUUGCCGGCCUCAGCGGCUGGAUCUUAUGGAGGGUUUAUCUAGGAUUGGACUCUGGGCAGUAUCCGAUGCUGUCUUUUGGCGACACCUAUUUCCGUGUUUACGGGAAAAAGGCACGGCACUUCAUCAACGUAUCGCAAUCGCUGCAGCAGUUCAUGACGGUCGCUGUACUGAUUCUAUCAAACGGCGUCAAGAUUGCUCAACUGUCUGACAGGAAAAUCUGCUUCAUCGUUUGCAUGAUUAUCUUUAUGGUUGCCGGGAUGACACUUGGAAGUAUCCGGAGCUUGCAGCACAUCGGGUGGUUUGCCAACGUGUCUGUCUGGGUGAAUAUUAUCUGCUUUAUCAUCAUCAUGGUCGCAUGUUCCAACUUCGGAAUCGAUUACGAAGCCGUCACUCGCUCGACGUUGAUCAAAGAGAUUGGACCAGUGAGAACAUUCGCCGGUCCGCCGCCGGACCAAUACCAGCAACAGGCGCAUGGAUUCGCCGGUCAAUUCAACGGUAUCAACCAGCUCGUUUAUAGCUAUGGUGGUGCCCUCCUCUUCAUUGCGUUCAUGGCGGAAAUGCGCCACCCAUGGGACUUCUGGAAAGGCAUGCUUUGCGCCCAAUCCUUCAUCUGCGUGGUUUAUCUUCUUUUUGGAGCAUUCGUGUAUGGUCAUUAUGGCCAGUACUCGGUUGCAAAUCUUAAAAACGUCAUUCAGCCCCGUGAGUUGCAAAUAGUUGCCAACUCGUUCGGUCUGAUAACCGCUUCGAUCGCAUGCUUGAUGUACUUCAACAUUGGCAUGAAAACGGUCUAUAUCGAAGUCUUCCAAGAGGUCUUCAAGUUCCCUCCGAUUACCACCAAGAAGGGACGCUGGAUGUGGUAUGCACUUGGCCCCGUCUACUGGAUUAUUGCCUUUCUUGUGGCAGCAGCAGUGCCCAAUCUGAACGGGAUUUCCGGGAUAAUCGGCGCUCUGCUUAUUCUUAACUUCACGUACACAUUCCCGGCAUUCCUGUACGUUGGCUACCGGUGCCAGGCCGAUGCCGCCCUUCCCGGCGAAGGAUUCGACCCUGUUACUGGGAUUACCACACGACAUGACAAUGGAUGGAAGCGAUGGGUGCGUGGGUUUAAAAAGAACUGGCACUUCAACACGGUUAACGUGAUUUAUGGUCUCGGGGGCUUGGUAUGCUCAGGAAUGGGCUCUUGGGCGGCUAUUGAAGGGCUUAUCGCAGUCUUCGGACCUGGCGGGACCGUUGCCACCUCGUUCGGGUGCGCGCCGCCUGUAUAA